AACUUUAUUUUAAUAAAUUAUCCAUUCCAAAGAUGGUAGGAAGAUUUAGGUUUCUUUGUAAUAUUCCAUCCUAAAAAGUUUUAUGUUUCUUUGUAAUAUUCCAUCAUAUAGGGAAAGGAAACUACAAUUAUGAAAUUAAGCCCAGUGUAUGAGUCAUUACACUAGCUUUUGUGCACGAUUUCCGUAGAGAUUCUCGGAACCACUUUCACCGCCGUAAGUCACCGGAAACCCACCGGAGCGCGGAGGCUAAGGAUCGAAGAUGAGCGUGAUCGACCUUUUGACCAGAGUAGAUGCAAUCUGCCAGAAGUACGACAAAUAUGAUAUAGAAAAGCAGAGAGAUCUCAAUGUCUCCGGCGACGAUGCCUUCGCUCGUCUCUACGCCACUGUUGAAGCUGACAUUGAAGCCGCUCUACAGAAAGCGGAGGAUGCUUCUAAAGAGAAGAAUAGGGCAUCCGUGGUGGCGUUGAAUGCGGAGAUUCGUCGUACGAAGGCUCGAUUACUGGAGGAUGUCCCCAAGUUGCAGAGGUUGGCUGUAAAGAGGGUUAAAGGGCUAUCAACUGAAGAUCUUACCACUCGGAAUGAUUUGGUGCUUGCAUUGCCGGAUAGGAUUCAAGCUAUACCAGAUGGAACUGUGACUACCACGAAAAAUAAUGGUGGCUGGACAUCCUCAGCUUCACGGACAGAAAUCAAAUUUGACUCAGAUGGGCGAUUUGAUGAUGAGUACUUCCAACACACUGAGGAGUCCAGUCAGUUCAGACAGGAGUACGAAAUGAGGAAGAUGAAGCAGGAUCAAGGAUUGGACAUGAUAUCAGAAGGGUUGGAUACUCUGAAGAAUAUGGCACAUGAUAUGAAUGAGGAAAUAGACAGGCAAGUUCCUUUGAUGGACGAGAUUGACACUAAGGUGGACAAGGCUGCAUCUGACCUUAAGAACACCAACGUUAGAUUAAGGGACACAGUUAACCAGCUAAGGUCCAGCAGAAAUUUCUGUAUUGAUAUCAUUUUGUUGUGUAUAAUCUUGGGGAUUGCUGCUUAUCUAUACAAUGUGUUGAAGAAGUGAGCUAAGGAAGGGGAAAAAACUUCAUGUUCUUGUGGAAUAUUUGUGUCAAGGUUGCUAGGAAGAGUAUCUGUAUCCAGUAAAUAAUGUGAUCGUGUUUGUGUUGUUUAUAAUAUUUGUACGUCAUAUUCUUUUACACCGGACUUGCUGUGUACUAUCAAUUCUUGGUUAUGUUGCUUGAUUCUUUAA